AAGCAGUCGUCUUCUUCGUUUGGAUCUCGUUUUAUGAACCCACCGGAAGAACCCAACUACGUUUCUGUUUCCGAUUGGAGCUUCACCGGCACUUCAGUGCUCGCUUCUCUUGUCGGUUAAAAACAAAUUUCUCAAAAGUGUGAGCUUCGUUUGAUGAUUUUUUUCUGGGGUUUGAUUCAAUUACAGAGAAGCCAUGAACACUCACAAUAGUCGAAACGCGAAAUGGAAACAGAGAGAGCUCGUUCUUCUACUGUUAUACGCCAUCGCCUUCUAUGCUUAUGUAGUAUGGAGAUCGCUUCGUCUCUCUCACGAUCAUUACUUCAAGCUCUAUGGUUUAGCUCCUGGCUGGCUCAUUCCUAAUCGACGUAAUGAUGUUUCUGAUGCUCAAUGGAGAAAUUUUCGUGGGAAUUUGCCGAUUCUAACUGAGUUGUUUCCGCAUUCACUUCCAGUGUCAUUUACAUUCUCUCGAUUGCAACAGCCAAUUUCCUUCUUGUUAAGGUUUUUGCAAGGACAAAAUACUUUCCUUACAUGCUUUGGACAUUCAACAUAUUUUUUCUCUUCUGCAAUCGCAUUUAUGAAGGAUAUUCGUUUUCCAUUUUCGGGCAACAGUUUGAAUUCCUGGACAACUUUAGGGGCACAUUUAGAUGGCAUAUAUGCUUCAAUUUUGUUGUUCUGCGCAUGAUAAGUUUUGGAAACGAUUAUCACUGGGGCCAACUGGACUCUCAUUUUGAUGAGGAG